GUAAGUAUACAUCGUAUUUCAUUUGCAUGAAUUUCCAACCUAGGGUUUUUGUCUUCCCCAUAACCCCCCACCCUCUCUCUCGUCAUCUCCAACUCAUGCUCUCUUCUUCUCCCACCCUUCUCUUUCCUCCCACCUCCAACACUCCAAAAAUUUUCUAACCAAUCACAACCUAUCGUCUAUUAUGAGGCUUUCGUUUUCCCUCCUUCGCCUCGGCCUUAGAAACCCUACCUCCCUUCUCUCCCACCGAAGCCCCCACCUCCCAUCGAAUCCUUCCUAUCUUCCUCUCUGUACUCUGAAUGGGACGCCAUCGGCGUUCUUGAGCUCCACUCGGCUCUCCACCUUGGCUCCUCAGCAGCCCAGCGCGCGGGUCUCGGGCAUCGUCGACGAGAUCUCAGGCCUCACCCUCCUCGAGCUCGCGGAUCUCACGGAGGCCCUGAGGAGCCGGUUGGGUGUGGAGCAGAUGCCGGUCAUGGCCGUGAUCACGCCGGGGAUGGGCAUCGGCGGCCUCCCGGGAGUGGGCGGCGCGGCGGGAGCGGCGAAGGAAGCGGAGGAGAAGAAGGAGGAGAAGAUGGCGUUCGAUUUGAAGCUGGAGAGCUUCGAUGCGGCCUCCAAGAUCAAGAUCAUUAAGGAAGUCAGGACCUUUACGGAUUUGGGGCUCAAGGAGGCCAAGGAGCUGGUGGAGAAGGCGCCCACUGUGUUGAAGACGGGGCUGUUGAAGGAGGAGGCGGAGAAGAUUGUGGAGAAGAUGAAGGAGAUCGGCGCUAAAGUGGUUUUGGAAUGAGGAGGAACAAUGGUGAAGCACAGUUAAUGAAUUGUACUUGUGGCUAAACUGAAAUUUGUUGCAGAGCAAGAAGUAGAAAAUAUAGUGUUGAUUUAGAGACAGUGAAGUGCUAUCAUGGUGCUACAUGAGGAAAUUCUUAAAUUUAUAAGAUGUGGAAGGAGUCUUUUUUAGGGCAUUCUUUUAUUGCCCAAGUUGUUUGAUGGCCUUUUGAUUGAUGAAAAUUUUUAAAUCGUGAAGGCCUAAAAAAGAGUUACUGCUAAUGUUUCUUUGAGGGUAAACUUUAGGGGUGAUAUCAAGAAGGCAACUGAAUUGUUUUCUUUAUCUCCCUCCAGAGUCUAAUGUAGAAACCAAUGAAUUGGACUUUGGAAAAUUUGGGAUAUGUAUGAUUUGUUUCCUUUGAGUACUAUAUGUUCCUGGUGUUGCCAUUAGAUUGGUUUUCAUGCUUGUUAC